AUGGUCAAGCCCACUUUUCUGGCCGCCCUUUUGGCAGCCUUCCCAUCAGUUCUUGCUCAAUCUUCCAGCAGCAAUAACACGUCCUACUUCAUUCGGUGCACCACCCGCUUUGGUUAUUACCCUCUUCCCACAGGCACCGCCGGCGUCCCCACCUGGUACACCUUCAUCGAGUCGACAAACACCUUCGUCGUGACAACCACUAGCCAAGAUACCAUUACCGUCACCCCCAACGCCACAGUCUGCGGCGGCAUAAUCACCGAAACCUCCACCGUGACCACCACCUCAACAGCCACUCCAGCCGCAAUCACCGUCCCAGACCGUUCCGGCCAACUCCCUCUACUCAGGGCCAUCUCAACCGCUGCCGCACUCACCAACCCAACCCCCAUCCCACGCAUCAAGGGCCGCUCCCCCGUCGCCGGCACCGAUCUGGAAGUCACCCAUCUCGUGAACCGCCAGACCCUCCCAGGCAACACCGGCGGCUUCAUCGUCAACCCAGACGGCUCCGUCUCCUACCUCGGCCGCAUUUUCCCUCACCGUGUACUGUGCGAACAGCGCCGCGUGGUCGGUACCACCAGCACGGUUACCGCCACGGGAGCUCCGACGACCGUGGUACUGCCGCCUGCGUCAGUUACCGCGUUUUCGACCACGACCGUUACGACGACGGUUACGUUGGUGCAGACGGCGCCUACGCCGAGGGUGUAUGCCGCUUGUCGGGGGAAUAAUGUUGUGAACUCCAUCACCGACCAAUACGGCAACCGCAUCAACUUCGACCGCAUUGUUUACCGCCCUCGAGGAGGUUUCCCGAUUGCGAAUGAGCUUGUUGUGAAUACGACGAAUGCUGUGAAUUGCUGCGGCGCGUGCCAGAAGACUCCCAACUGCGCAGGGUCCUUCUUCGUCCCCUCCCGCCGCGAAUGCCACAUCCGCCUCACUGCCCCUCCGCCUCCGCCUUCCAACUCCACUCUCCUUCUACCAUCGAAUGGGAACUCCACAUUCCCCGUUCUUCCCUCAGGCACCGGCAUUGGCACGGGUAUCUCCCUCGUCCCCACAGGCACAUCCGGCGUCGCCCUUCCCUCCAGCACGGCAAACCCGUGGACUACGUGCGCGAGGGGCUCGGAUACUUUGUACCUGGGUACGAUUCGAGGGCGGAGUCCGGCGGAGUUGGGCGAUGAGGUUGCGUUGGUGUUUAGUAAUGGGCCGUGUGGGCGGUUUAGCGUUAGUACUAGGAGGGGGAGCGUCGGGGUGUGA